AUGUAUUCGCUGCUCAGCCUGGUUCUCGCCGCUUCGGCUUAUGCACAGAACAGUGCAAGUAGUGACAGCAGUGCUGAUCCUGCCGUGGUAUACUCCCCGGCGCGUCCACCUGCCGUCCCUCUUGCUGUUCGCUCUCCCUACACGAGCGUCUGGUCAUCGACUGAGAACAAUGGCACCUUGAACACCAACGGCGUCCAGUUUUGGACCGGUCAGGCUGUUGGUUGGGAAGGCAUCAUUGUAGUCGACGGCAUUUCCUACGAGUGGAUGGGCACCAAUAUUGCCAAUUCCGUGUUACCUCAGCUGGACAAUUUCAAAUCCGCCACCCCGCUGUCCGUCAGCUAUGACUCCCAGUACUCCAACUUUACUUUUACUGCCGGCCCUGUUCUGGUUACCGCCAGCUUCUUCUCGCCUGUUGUUCCGCAGGAUCUUUGCAGGACCAGCAUCCCUUUGAGUUACCUUGAGGUCUCCUACGAGUCGCAGGACAACGCAACUCACAGUGUCAACCUCUACACUGACGUUGACAACUCAUGGAACAACUUCCAGGGUUCCGCUGACAUUACUGCCGGCUUAAAUGUGGAUUCCUCCGAGUUCAAGCCCAACUCGACUGUGACAAACACGACUUUGUUCACCUGGUGGUAUCAUCUUUCUCAGGAGUUUUACUUUUCCGAGGUCAAUGACUUCCCUCAAUGGGGGAACAUGACGCUGUCUACCCAGCCCGGCGACUCCAAAAACUUCACCUUCGCAUCUGGCAAAGCUACCAACAUUCGUUACAGCUUUAUUCAAAAGGGCUAUCUCUCCAACUAUGUUGACGUCAAAGAGGGCCAGGUUUUUGCUUUCUCACAUGACAUGAAGCAGAGCAGACGUGGAAGCGUUCUGUACACAGUUGGCGUCAUUCAAGAACCCGUUAUCAAUCUGCUUACAAGUGAGGGUCUUCAGUCACUUAACCCCUGGUGGAGCAGUGAAGGAUGCUAUAGCUCCAACUGGGCCAAUCUGGUUGCCACCCAUUACGAUGAUUUUGCAACUGUCCAGGAAAUGGCCGCCACGUGGGAGGCGCAACUUAAAACGGAUAUCGAUGAAUACUACGCGGCAGAGGGAGGGAAUGUUUCCAGCACUUCAACGCCAUCCUUUACCAAUGCCUCAAUGUCCUCACCGGAACUGUUUGGAGGCCCCUACGAGGCAGGCACGGAUCAAUUCGGUGAAAAUUGGAUCUUCAACUCCAGCAAUGGCUACGGCUAUUUGGAUGCCAUCAACAAAAGUGGUGUCGCUAUCCCCGACGUUCCAGAAGACCAUUCGUAUUAUGCCAUUGUAGCGCUUUCUACACGCCAGAUCAUGGGAGCUUACAUGCUGACCAUUCCCCCGACCUUUGGCUAUGGAAACGCGUCGGACAUCUACAAUUCUUCAGAGCCGUUCAUGUUCCAGAAGGAGAUUUCAUCCAACGGUAAUAUGAAUACGGUUGAUGUUUUGUAUCCCGCCAUGCCUUUCUUCCUCUAUGCCAACCCGAACUUACUGAGGUUUGCCAUGAACCCGCUCUACCUGAAUCAAGAAUCCGGCUUCUACCCUCGUUCAUACUCGAUGCACGACUUGGGAUCGCAUUAUCCUAAUGCCACGGGCCAUGUAGAUGGCGCUGACGAACAGAUGCCAGUGGAGGAGUCCGGGAACAUGUUGCUUAUGACUUACUCGUACUACAAGUUCACUGGGGACCGCAAUUACCUACGGGACCACUACACGAAGCUCUUCCAGUGGUCACAGUUCCUGAUCGAGUACACGCUGAUCCCCUCAAAUCAGCUAAGCACGGAUGACUUCGUCGGCACUCUCGAAAACCAAACCAACCUCGCCAUCAAAGGCAUUGUCGGCCUCCAAGCCAUGGCCGAGAUCUCGACAGUCGUGGGCAACACCGUCGACGCCACCAACUUCACCAGCACCUCUUCCUCCUACUACCAAGCCUGGGAAGACCUCGCCAUCGACCCGACCGGCACACACACAGUGCUCGCCUACCAAUGGCGCAGCUCGUGGGGGCUCCUCUACAACUCGUACCCGGACAAGCUCCUCAACCUCGGCGUCAUCCGACAAGAGGUCUACGACAUGCAGUCGUCGUACUACGCCACCGUCUCCGAAGCCUUCGGCAUCCCGCUCGACAACCGCGUCUCGCUGACCAAGUCGGACUGGGAGCUGUGGACGGCGGCGACGUGCGAGCCGCGCACGCGCCGCCUCAUCGUCAACGCCAUCGCCUACUGGCUCAACCACACCUCCACCAACCGCGCCUUCACCGACCUCUACGAGACCAUAUCUACCGGCGGUUACCCCCAGGGCACCACUUUCAUCGCCCGCCCCGUCGCCGGCGGGCAUUUCUCGCUGCUCGCCCUGCAGCGCGCGGGGAAGAACAGCACGACGGGGACGAGUGAAGGCGGCGGCUUCUUCCCACAGAAUGGGACCGAGCCGUUGCCGGCGAGUGAGACGGGCUUGUUGACAGUGUUGGCUGGGUCGCAUCCGACCGUCGCGCCGACAGUCAUCGUGGAUAUGGGGACGUAUGCGACGAGUGGGAGUGUUUUCGUGUCGAGUACGGCUUCUAUUGAUUGA